ACGAUGAGCGACAAUCGGUCGACAGUCGACAGUUCUCAAUAAUUUAUUGUGAAGCUUCAGGUUUUGUAGUGUUUUACAAAUUUAUGAAGUUUUGAAUGAGAAACAAUCGCAGUACCUAAUAAUGGGUGCCAUAUGUAAAUUAAGAAUGUUAAAAUAAUCGAAAAUCACAAAUGGCUGCGGAGACUCUGUUAAAAACGAGCAAGCAAUCGAAGUAUAUAUCGUAUAGGAAAAUAUUGUAUCAUAGAUUUUUCGUCGGGCUUUUAUUGUUUAUCUUGAUAUCUCUAGUGCUUAGUAUCGCGUGUAAUAUAUUCGCGGGGAGUGCGCCGCGGGUGGAUUUCCACGAAUCUGUGAACUUGGAUGCAGUGAGUGUACCAGUUUCGACGAUUCUCAGAAGCAGCGUCAAGUCGUCUCCGCGAGUCGUGAACUGUACUUACUGGAGCUGUUUCAACGUCUACAAGUGUGGUAGAGGCGGCCACGAUAAGAUCACGAUAUACGUGUAUCCUCUAAAGGAUUACACGACCGAGGAUGACGAUAGCAUAUCCAGGUUUUCUAGGGAAUUUUACGAAAUUUUACACACUAUUAAGAAUAGUAAAUAUUACACGUCCAGCCCGGACGAGGCGUGCCUAUUGGUGCCCAGUAUUGAUACUCUGAAUCAGAAUUAUUUUAACAAGGAAUAUGUAUCACGGGCACUACAGUCCCUUGAACAUUGGAAUAAUGGCGAAAACCAUCUCAUAUUCAACAUGGUUGCCGGCGUCGCACCGAACUACAACACUGUCAUUGAUCUCAACACCAGCAAAGCCAUUAUAGCAGGAGCUGGCUUUGACACGUGGACGUUUAGAUAUGGCUUCGACAUAUCCCUGCCACUGUACAGCCAUAUAGCUCAAGAUAUAGACAGUACGCAGCCAGAACAGAAGAACUAUUUGAUUGUAUCGGCACAGCUGAAUAUACCAGAGGAUUAUUUAGCAGAAUUACAGAACAUAGCGUCUUCGUCCAAUGAUUUGCUAUUACUCGAUAGUUGUAAGAUGAAUGUAGAUUAUAAGAAACGUUGUGAAUAUACCACUGGAAAGGUAUUCGAUUAUCCAGAUGUCCUGAAAGAGGGGAUGUUUUGUCUGAUAGUCCGUAGUGCGAGAUUAGCACAGUCAAUAUUGUUGGAUAUAUUGGCAUCGCAGUGUAUACCAAUAAUAAUUGCUGACACAAUAGUCAUGCCCUUCAAUUCGCAUGUGGAUUGGAAUAGAAUAGCUUUAUUUGUACCUGAGGAGAAUAUUAGGAGCUUGGUGAAGAUAGUUCACUCUGUUAGUAAGGAGCGACGCGGCGAGCUGUACUGGCAGCUCCGGUGGGUGUACGAGAGAUACUUCUCCAGCAUAGAGAAGAUCACGCUGACGACGCUGGAGAUCAUCAACGAGAAGGUGUUUCCCUUGGCAGCCAGGAUGUAUGAGGAUUGGAACAUGCCUGAACACAUAUACGGUCCGGUGAACCCCCUGUUCUUACCGGUGACGGCGCCGAAGUCCCCAGGCUUCACGGCGGUCAUCCUGACGUACGACCGCGUCGACAGCCUGUUCACGCUCGUGCGCCAGCUGGUGCGCACGCCGAGCCUCGCCAAGAUCCUCGUCGUGUGGAACAACCAGAAGAAACCGCCUCCGCCUGCGUCCGAAUGGCCGGUCGUGAACAAACCGCUCAAAGUGAUACGCACCAAAGAGAACAAACUAUCCAACAGAUUCUACCCGUACGACGAGAUCGAGACCGAGUGUCAGCUCACGAUAGAUGACGACAUCGUCAUGUUGACGCCUGACGAGCUGGAAUUCGGUUUCGAUGUGUGGCGGGAGUUCCCCGACCGGAUAGUGGGGUUUCCGUCCCGACUUCACGUGUGGGACAACGUCACCAGCUCGUGGAAGUACUACAGUGAAUGGACCAACCAGAUCUCUAUGGUGCUGACCGGCGCGGCGUUCCACCACAAGAUCUGGUCGUGGUACUACACGCACCGCAUGCCGGCCGCCGUGCGCGCGUGGGUCGACGACAACUUCAACUGCGAGGACAUCGCCAUGAACUUCCUCGUCGCCAACGUCACCAGGAAACCGCCCAUCAAGGUGACCCCCCGCAAAAAGUUCAAAUGCCCCGAAUGCACGAACACGGAGAUGCUGUCAGCGGACGCGCGUCACAUGUCGCAACGCUCUGCGUGCGUGGAGCGGUUCGCGCGCGAAUACGGCCACAUGGCGCUGCGGGCCGUCGAGUUCCGCGCCGACCCCCUGCAGUACCGCGAGACGGCGGCGGGGGUCCCGCACGCGUACCCCGACAUCGGCGCGCUGUGAGGUGAGAUGGGGUGGGCCCUCGCAGUAUAUAGGCAGGCACGCAUCUAACGCCAUUUGUUAGCAUAUAGUCAAAGUAGACAGUACAAGAUCCGGCAUGAGGAACAUAUACCCUCAUCUUUUAUUUAUUUGGGAUACAAAAUAAAUUAUAGAAAAUAUUUACAUUGACACAUUGUACAUAGUUGCCUAGUCAAAUAGCGGCCGGAUAGUAUUAAUUGAUUAUUAUUAUUUAUUUUUAAUUUAUUGAAUUUCCUUCGCUCAUUGGUUAAUUUAAAAAAAAUCGUACACUAGUUAAUAGUAAAUGAAAAGUUAACACCCAAAAGAAGUGAAGUAAAGGUUGCCUGCUUUCACUCUGCAACUGUGGGGUUGCCAGGUAUACUCAGUCCAGUAAUGUUAUUUAUAUAUUCUCCUCAGUUAUUUAGUCAUCUAAUAUGUCAAAUAAAAACUUAUUUUAUGCUUCAUUUAAUAGUAUUGUGUUGCCUUUGAUUUUGUUCAUAGUUUCCUAAAUUUUGUAUGAAAAAUGUGUUUGUCUGCAAUUUAAUUAGGCAGCCUAUUUGCAAUGUGUAACUGAACGUUAUCUAUCAUUUAUUUCUUAUCACUAAUGAAUAACCGAUGAGGGUAUAUAUUUCUUAUGCCGGAUCUUAGACUAUUAUUGUUGCUUUGUGUGCCCAUUGCACUACUCGCGCAAAUAAUCAUGACAUCUCGUACUAGUCCUUUUGCGCCAAUUAAAUAGGGAGCGGUGGGCAGGACGAGUAACGUAGCCACACUACGUCUGCAGUUAGUUGCUGCGCUACUACUACUGUCGCAGUGGUGUGCACAAGAUUUUAACUAGGGUAGGCACUAUAGGUACAAAUUGUACAAAAUAAAAAAUACAGCCCCAUUUACAGCUACUCGAUGAGUCUUCAGAAACAGUGCAUUUUUGUAUCUGUGAAAUGCACUCCACUGUAUAUGUCGAUCAGUGGCGUGCGUAAGGUUGUCAAUCAGGGUAUUCUGUAUAGUCUGACAAGUUCGUUAAUGAUACUCCCAUGAUAUGCGUUCGACGGGGGAAAAUACUGCGCGGGUGUGAAAUCGUGCGUGCGGGGAAUUAAGGUGUAUCAGUCGUGGGUUUUUCACGCCUCCCGGCCCGCGCGGACUAUCAGGAGUUUUACGAACGAAGUUGCCUAGCUAUAAUGCCUAGUUCAGACUACUUUAGUAUUUAAUAGGCCGUACAGACUACUUUAGUAUUUUAGUUGAGUACGAACAAUUUUUGGGCGGUAAAUCCAAAAACUGUUCGUACCUUAGGGUAUGCAGUACUUUAAUGCAUGUAUGAAGUGCACGCCACUUAUGUCGAUAAAAUAUGACUGAAAAUGUAAACUUAGUAUGUAGAGAAUACUGUGGAGGGCCCACAGAUGGUUAAUAUAUGGAGAUCGGACAAUAAAUAAUCGCAAGAGAAAAUUCGUAAGGCUGUACGCGAAGUAAAAGAAUGGGAAUCGUCCCCCCACUACCAGGGUAUGUAGAAUUAACUGCCAACUAGUUUUAUUUUUCACGUGAAAUGCUUUGGGCCUUAUUUAUAAAAUUUUAUAAAAAAAAUAGGAGAUGUCCGAAAUUGGGCCCACUUUUCAGAAUGAUACAGAAAUUAAAAAUGUACUAACAAUCUUUUAUAUUUUACUAGAUUACUCCUUUAGACUCUUAGCCAAAAUAAUAUUCGCUAACAGGGAAAAUAAGCUGUUUUCAUUAUUUUCACACCGAUCGUAGUGAUUUAUGUAUCCUGUUUGAUGUGUCACUGAUUGUCAGUUGUCUUUGCCAACGCGGGCUGUCAAUGUCAAAGUCAAUCAAUGCAUGAGAUGUCAUUGUCAAUUAUUAUGUCAAAUGUUCUGUUUAAAAAAUUGACAGUUUUCCGUUUUUUCGCUCACGGGUAACCUUGGUUGACGCACGUGUAAGUGAGAUUUCGGUGAUUUUUCGGCGCUUUUUUGUGUUUUUACACAGUCUAAAUAUUUGAUAUUUAAGAUAUUACUAACUCUUUUGGUGGUGGUAAAUUAUUAUAGUUUAUUGUAGCUAUAAUUUUAAAAAUUGAAGGAUGGACAUAGAUCCGCCUCCAAAGCCCCCAGACCCGGGUCCAUCCCGUAAACGACACGGAGAGGAUGCAGAAGUCCCAUCCUCCAAAAAACCCAAUGACUCCCAAUCCAUUCCUUCCAUACAAAAUGUAUAUGUUCACCCAUCAUUUUCCGACGGCCCCAAAUCAUACUCAUUAGAUGACAAAGGUCCGUUCAUUGUCCAAGUGUCACGUGAUGUAGUUGACCCAUCGUCUGGUGCCUCUUUAAGAGCCAUAACUUUUGGCCAAUUUCUGCACAAAAAUAAAAUAGACUCAAUUGUUAAAGGUGGCAUUAAAAAUGUAGGGCGUAACAAAAUUAUUGUUGAAUUUUGCUCGGCACAGAGUGCCAACUCAUUUUUGACUAACCCAAUAUUAACACUAUGUAAAUACAAAGCAAUUAUCCUGACAUACAACAUUUCCAGGAUGGGUCUGGUUAAAGGUGUACCAAUAGAAUGGACGAUGGACGAAUUUGUAGAGUCUAUUGAGCUCCCUACUGGUUGUGGAAUCGUUCUCAAGGCCAGAAGAUUAAAUAGGAAAACCACCAGUGAGGGUGUAACCACAUGGGUGCCGACCCAGACUGUUGUAGUAACUUUCAGAGGGCAGAUGCUCCCUGAAAGACUCUACUCCUACUACUCCUCUCUCCGUGUCGAAGUGUACAAAUUUCCCACGAUACAGUGCCAAAACUGUUGUCGGUUUGGCCACAUUAAACUGGCUUGCAGAUCCAAAGCGAGAUGCUACAGAUGUGCUCAACCCCAUUCAGGUGAUUCAUGCCCUGUUACACAGGCUGAAUCUACUUGUUUAUAUUGUUCUGGCAAACACUUUGCCACAGACAAGGACUGCCCUGAAUUCUCUCGUCAGCAGUCCAUAAAACUGGUAAUGUCACAAAAUAAUAUAUCUUACAUGGAAGCAGCAUCUCAGUUCCCCCCUGUGCGUACCUCGUAUGCAGAGGUAACAAAAGAAAUGCCUUCCUCUUCCCCUAGGACUCCCUCCAGAUCUCAACAUCCCUCAACAACUUCAUAUCGCCAGACAAUAUUCCGCUCCCCUCGACCCCGUGCACCUCUGGGGAAAGGGUAUGACAAAAGAGCUCAUCAGAAUAUUGUUGGUGAAUGUUCCUCAUCCCAACCAAAUGGUUGCGCUCUCAACAAUAAUAAUGUUGAUGUCCCUUCUCAGGGUCGAAUUUUAGAAAUAUUAUCAGAAUUUUUAGUCAAUAUUAUAGCUCCUUGUAGCGAAAUCCCCCUACCGCCCAACGUUGCCCAUAACUUAUCCCAACUUUUCAAAAUUCUCAAUAAUGGACCCAAUAACCCUACUUCAAUGGAACUGUAGAAGCCUACGUUCCAAAAAACACGAAUUAAUUUCCAUCAUAAAUCUGCACAAACCUGUCAUUGUUGCCGUCUCGGAAACAUGGCUGAUUCCAGGUUCUCGUAUUCGGGUUCCAGGUUUCUCCUGCUUGCGGGACGACAGGGAUGACGGUUGUGCUGGUAGUGCCAUCCUUCUGAGGCACUCCCUUCCUUAUUCCCAAAUUCCUCUCCCUCCGCACAGCCAACAGUUUAAUGCUGUGGCUGUUCGUUCUUUAGAUAUUUCUUUUGUGUCUCUGUAUAUUCCUCACCCUUCUUCUUCUGUUUUUCCUGAAAUCCAAUCUAUCCUAUCUUCUCUUCCCAGUCCGGUCAUAGUCAUGGGUGACUUCAACACUCACCACACUAUGUGGGGGUGUCAUGCCACUGAUGGGUUUGGUCCUCUUCUUAUAGAUAUACUGGACGAUGUUAACCUUUGCAUCCUCAAUGAUGGUUCUCCUACACGUCGAGUAUAUCCUGGUCAAAAUCCAAAAUCUGCAGUGGACCUUUCCCUCUGCUCCUCAAACCUGGCUUCCCAAAUGAACUGGAGGGUGCUGCGGUCCACCCAUGGCAGUGACCAUUUUCCUAUCAUAAUCUCAUUAAAUAAUAGAUCCCUUCCCAUCCCCAACUAUGACCCUCUUUUAAAAUAUAAACUUAAAAAAGCCAAUUGGGCAGCAUAUGCCCAAUCGGUUGACUGCACGAUUGAUUCCCUGCCAAGUCUUGAGGUGGAUGAAAAUACUUUGAUUUGUUAUGAAUCUUUUCUAAAUUGUCUUAAACGUUCGGCUGAUUCACAUAUCCCAAGAAAACAUCCUCCCAAAAAACACAUGCUUUCACCUCCCUGGUGGGAUGAUGAAUGCAGUGAUUUAUUUAGGGAAAGAACCUCUGCAGAGGAGGCAUACUCGUCUUGUAUGUCCCUAAGAAAUUUUUUAGUCUACCAAAAACUCGAUGCUAAAGCCAAAAGGGUUGUAUCAAAAAAGAAAAAGUUAGGCUGGAUGGGUUUCUGUGAAUCCCUUAGUCCUCGUUCUCCUUCCUCUAUUGUUUGGACAAAUAUUAGAAGAUUCCGCUGUUCCCUUAACCAUGUUGACCGAACUUCUAAUAAUCCCUCCGAUUGGCUUGACAACUUUGCAAACAAACUGGCUCCACCCUCUGUCCCCAAUGAGGACUUAUUUCUGACUUCUACGCCAGCUCCAACCUCUGAUGAAAUGGAUGCCCCCUUUUCACUCUCUGAGCUUCAAGUGGCUCUCAGUGGUCUAAAAGAUACAACACCAGGGGAAGAUGGCGUGCCUUACUCUUUCCUAACUAAUCUAAAUGACAAAGCUAAAUCCUAUUUUCUUAAUAUUAUUAAUAAUUGUUUUGAAUCUGGCUCUAUCCCUGAUUCCUGGAAAUCCCAAAUUGUCAUUCCCUUACUCAAACCCGGUAAAGAUCCUCUAAAUUCAAAUUCCUACAGACCCAUAGCUUUGUCAUCUACAUUAGCUAAGGUGACAGAACACUUGCUUAAAAAUAGAUUGGAGUGGAUAGUGGAAAGCAGAAAUAUUCUACCCUCUUCGCAGUUUGGAUUUCGGAAGGGUAUGAGCACUACAGACAGCCUCAGCAUAUUGACAACAGACAUCCGUUUAGCCUUUACAAAAGGAGAGUACCUAGUGGGUGUCUUCCUUGAUAUUGCUUCUGCCUAUGAUAAUGUCCUUCUUCCGGUACUCAGGCAUAAACUGCUCAAGCUGAGUAUUCCUCCGAGGAUGGUACAUCUCAUAUGUAAUCUGCUAUUUGGCAGAUCCAUUCUGGUUAAACACCAGUCUUCCUCUCUUCCCCCCCGGCUAGUCUGGAAAGGUCUUCCUCAAGGCUCUGUUCUCAGCCCUCUGCUAUAUAGCAUAUAUACUCAUGAUUUGGAAUUGUCUGUUAACAGUUUUUGUAACAUUUUGCAAUAUGCUGACGAUAUAGUCCUCUAUUACAGCUCAGGCAGUAUAGAAGAAGUAUCCUGUCGAUUAAAUUCUGCUUUGUAUUAUCUAAACCAGUGGCUGUCUGACCAUGGUCUGUCUCUUUCAGUAGACAAAUGUCAGGCAGUGAAAUUUACCCGGAAAAGAUCCCUCCCUGACUUCCCAAUUUGUAUUGAGGAUCAACCAAUCAACCUUAAAGAUAAUGUCAAAUUCCUGGGCAUUUAUUUAGAUAAUCGACUGAACGGAUUGGCUCAUUGUGAAUAUGUGGUUAAAAAAUGUGAAAAGGGCAUUAAUGUUUUAAGGGCAGUUGCCGGGGUCUGGUGGGGUGCUCACCCAUAUUCACUUAAAUUAUUAUACAAUGCCCUAGUUAGAAGUCAUAUGGAUUACUGUUUGUUUGUUAUGGAUCCUUUUAACAAAGCAGGUAGCGAAAAAUUAAAUAAAAUUCAAUUUAAAUGCCUUAGAAUUAUUCUAGGAGCAAUGAAAUCUUCCCCCACUAAUGCCUUGCAGGUAGAAUGUGUUGAUCCUCCUCUAUCUAUCCGUCGCCAAUAUCUUUGUGACCGGUAUGUUAGCAAAGUGUUACAGUUAUCAUCACAUCCUCUUUGGGCCAAAUUAACUCAAUUAUCCCGCACUCCCCACUGUCGUUACUCCUCUUCCUAUUUGCUAGAUAGCUUCUUGAAAUUUAAUAGCCUCCCUCAUCCUAUAUCAAAAUUCCAAUGUAACCCACUUUUUUCCACCUCAUAUAAAGCUCUAUUAUAUAACCCUCCUAUCAUCACAGAUCUUGGCCUAGUUAAAGGAGCCCCAGAUACUAGCAUUAAAUUUCAAGCCAUUAUUAAUCAAAAUUGGUCAAAUCAUCUGCAUAUUUAUACUGAUGCAUCAAAGUUAUCCCCAGAUGGAUGCGUUGGUGCUGCCUGCUGGGUUCCCAGGUAUAAGAUAAUAUUGAAAUUCAAAUGUCCUCCCGAGUCUUCUGUGUUCACAGGAGAAGCCACUGCUAUAUUGGAAGCAGUCCUGUUUGCACAGUCCCAUAACAUUCAACAGACGGUUAUUUUUACAGACUCUUUAAGUUGUUUAUUGUCCAUUAAAGAAAACCCAUUCAAAAGCAAAUCAAGAUUUCACAUUAUCUUAAAGAUCAGGCAAGCUCUGCUGUCAAGUUAUCAAAGAGGAUUAUCCAUCUUGCUUGUUUGGAUCCCAAGUCACUCCGGAAUCCCUGGAAAUGAGACUGCUGAUUCAUGUGCUAAAGCUGCUGUGCUAACUGGCUCCCUUGAACAUUUUGAAAAUUCUUCACAAGACUUGACUGCCCUUGCAAAAACUUAUCUGGAUAGAUCCUGGGAGUCCUUCUGGAAUGAAUCAAAAUUGGUGAAAGGCAAACAUUAUUCAUCAAUCCAGCCAAAUAUACCAAGACGUCCCUGGUUUUUCUUUCAAAAAAUGACUGAACGUUGGGUUCUAACAACUAUUUCCCGUUUGCGUCUUGGUCACUCAUGUACACCUGUGCAUCUAAACAAGCUCCGGAUUAGGGAUAACUCUAUCUGUGAGUGUGGUUUGGAUGAAGGCACUGUCACUCAUCUCCUUUUUAACUGUCCCAGACUUCUUCAUCCUCUCUAUGACGUUCUUCCCCCAAAAGUCCCUCGUCCUUUAAGUGUUAAAUGUUUGUUAAUGUUUGUGUUUAGUCCAUAUUGUAGAUUUUUAUGUAAAUAUGUAGAAUGUAAUAAGAUCAAAUUGUAAUAUUGUUUAUAUAUUUUGUUUAUUAAUAUGUGUUAUUUGUGUUGUUUUAGGUUAAGAACUAACAAAAUAAUAUCAUUUAAUAUUAACUAUUUAGUAGAUUCUCAAAAUUAAAUUUGUCAGCCUUCACCGAACAAUCUCCAUCGUGCCUCCUCCAUCUACUCGACACUGGCGAGAUAAACAGUGCCCAGUUGGCACAAAUGAAAGCCAUAAAGAAGAAUUGAAUUGAAUUGACAGUUUUCCUAAGGAUUUCACAAUAUUAAUGUCGUAUUUUGACUAAAUGUGUCAAAUAGUUAUUAAAACUGUCGCCUGUUUGACAAAGAUAACGCAAUGAAUAUGACAAGCGGAUAUUGUCCACCAAUUAACAAUUUCUUUGAAAAUUGGCCUCAUGAGUUCUCUUUAAUUGUCCUAAUUUGUGGCCAAUUUUCAGCUCUGUAUCAUUUGUAUAAUUUGGGCCCGAGUUUGUAUGGAGACUCGGUUACUCCUUUAGCAAUCGACUUUAAAGUACAUUGGAUUUGGUCUUUGCUAGGAAAUUUAACUUUACAUUUACUGAAGAAUUAAUAACUAGUUUUUGUGAGCCCUUAAUUAUUUUUGAAGUAAAACUUCUUUAUGCACGCUUGACUUGAUAAGUAAGGUAUAUACGUUACGAAUAGUGUAAUCAGGCAAAGCUAACGUACGGAAGAGCGAGAGCUAAAGAAAUUUUACUUUAUGUUUUCAAAGAUAUAUUUUAAUGCGAGACGUUGUUAGAUCAAGUUUUUCGAGGGUUUUCAUUUACUUAUAUAGUUAUUCGAAAUAAUUUCAAAACAAAGUCAAGUUGAGUCAAAUCAACUUUUUUUAUUUGAAAAAAUUUUCAAAUUUAUUUACACUAAUAAGUGCGGAGUUCUAUAUGAACGCGUUUUGCAUAAUACUUUAUGUAGUCAUUUAAUUUUUUGUUCAUUUUUAUAUAUUUACGCCAUUUUUAGUAUACGCCAAAUGUCUAGUCCGCUCUGAAGUUCCUCAAUAGCUCAACGGUAAGAGCGGUCGGACUCAUCACCGAAGGGUGGUGGUUCCAUCCCCGCCCCGUUGGUCUAUUGUCGUAUCCACUCCUAACACAGUCUUUCCCGAUUAAUUGGAGGAUAAUAGGAAUAUUGGUCAUAUAAAAAAAAAAUGCAGUGCGUCGAACUGCGCUGGUAUUAUAGCCGAUGAGAUAUGUUUUUGUAUACUGCUCAGUCGUACGCCUCGUGUUCAGAGCGAACCAGAAAUUUGCUGUAAUUUAUACAACGUUUUGCAUUAUUUUUAUUGAGGAGUGUUAUAAUAAUUUACAAUCUUACUGUAAAGGGAUUAUUUUUGGAAGGCAAUGUUUAAAUCUGUCACUUUCAUUCUUUUAAAAAAAGAAAAAUAACAGGUUUAAAAAUUGUAUUGCAGUAAAACCGUUUUACUCGCUAUUAUCUGUAUUUUUACUCUGUGCCAUUGAUCUAAUGAACUGUCAUAUCAUCACAAUUUUAUUCUCUGUAAGUACCAUAGACUAUUAAUUGAUUUAAUUACAAUAUUAAUAAUAAUAAUUUUUAUAUUAUAGACAUCGCAGAGAUAUUUUUAUAUUUACUAAGUUUUAUUGAUAUGUUUUGACGUUGUUAAAAAGUUGAGUACACUUUUUUUGAUAGAUGAAUUUUUAUACACAAAUAAUAAUAUGACAUUUUAUUUAUUUAUCGUGCAUAAUGAUUUUGUGUAAUAAUGGAAUCGAGAGAUAUUUUAUUUUUAUUUUACAAACAUUUUAUCAUGGAUGACAUUUUAAAUGAUAAAAAAAAAUCGAAUAAUAUAUGGAUCAAAUGUUUUGUUUUAUGAUUUACAUUUGAUUUCGAAUAUAACUGUAUUUUCGAGGGUUUUUUUAAUUUUUAUAUGUUAUUCACUUGACAGUAUCAUGGACUAUUUUUUUUUGUUUUUAACCUGUGUUUUAAUGACUCUUUAGCGUUUCAACAGAUAAUAAAUAUUGAAUAUAGUGAAAAUUACAGAGAAUAAUAAUAGGUUGUCUAAAAACAAACCUCAUAACUUGCCAUUCCUUGUUUUAGUAUUCUCUUAGAUGAUAAUUUUAAGACAAUAAACAUUAAUUAAUUAUUAUACCCCUGUAUUGAUUUUAUAUCAAUUAUAAAAAGUAUCAAGUGGUAUAUUAUUAUGAAUUAUAACAAAAUAAUAAUAAAUAUAUAUUUAGAUAUAAAUAUGGGUCUAUAUAAGAAGAUAGAAGUAGGUGUCGAUUUUUAAUGUCAAUGAAAUUUGAAAAUUACUUACACAAUGAAGGUUUUAAACAAAUUACUUUUUUUAUUAAUUUCGUAACAAAUUAAUGAAGAUUUGAAAAACACCACUUGAUAGAUUAUAAUCUAAGAAUGUGCUGUUAAUUCUAAUUGCCAAAAUGAAUUGGUCCUAUAACUGAAAUAUAAAAAUCGUAGAAAAGAAUGCCGUUUGCACCUGACAUUGUUAAUAUAUUUUAACAAAGUUUUCUCAAUAAUAUGUGAAAUAAAUUUAAUUUAUUUUCUAUUAUGAGACACAGACAGUUACGCAAACAACCAAUUGCAAGAAAGCUAGCGGUGAUAAAUUACUCGCUUUUAUAUAAGAUUUUAUAAAGGUGUCAUUUGUUAUUUUUUUUUAACAAUAUUGUUAUUAAUAUGAAAAUUCUAAAUCAAAUUUAGUCUGAAAAGCCCAAAAUAAACUCAGACAGGUUGUUAUCACCAUCACAGUACAAUUUUGAACAAAACACCGCCAGCUUCGUGUGUGUAGUCUACAUUUCAAUAUGGUUUUGUGUUUGACAAUAAUUUUGAACUUGCUAAUAAAAAAAAGCUAAAUAGCAUACAAGAAUAAACACAUAUGCGUACGGAAUACAUAACCUUCUUUUUUGAAGUCGGUUAAAAUGGUGCAAACGCGCGUCUAGUUCAACGCUUUUGUUAGGAACGUAAUAAAAAUGAUAUUCUAAAGAUGUUAGUUGUAUAGGAGAAUUUUAGUCCAUCUCUACAUAUCGGUGCUUGCGUGGAGGAUUAUUCCUAAUUGUGUAGAUACUAUUAUGACAUAUGUCUAAUUUAGUAUUUAUAUUUAUAUAUAUAAUUUAGUAUUUGUAUUAUGUAAAUUAGUAUUUGUAUUGGCACUGUAGUUUAGGGAAUUUGUAGAAUGUGAUUGAUGCGUAAAUAAUGAUGUUUGUUUUGAUAAAUGGCAUACAAAUGAUGCGUUUUUUUGUGCGUCACUUUGAAGAUCGCUGCAUAUGUAACGUAUUUUAUAUCGGACGGGACGGGACGACAAGUUUUGGAAUAUCGUUUCAUACAAAAUGCACACGGAAGUGUACGUCACAGCUACGUAGUGCCCCCUUUUCGUCACAGCCCCGUCCGACCCUAUGACAUAUGUCACGUCCGUUCUGUAUGCAGCGACCUUUAGUCAAUAACCGAUUUACUGAGUGAUAUAACAUAAAGAGUACAUUUAUUUUAUUUUGCUACGAUAAAUAAUAAUACCGAUGAAAUCUACACUUGUAAGGUUUUGUUUCGCCCAAUGUAUUUCUAUAAUAUUAUUUUGCAACAAAUAGUUUAGCUGUAUACAAAUUUUUGAACUAAAUGAUGUGUCUAAAAAUUAUUAAAAGUAAAGCUCGUUUCCAACGUCACUUUAAAGACAUAUUUUACAUGUAUAUUUAAGCAAUAAGAAAAAAAAAUAACAGAAAGAUGGAAAAAUUAAAAGAUGAAAAGUUUUACUUGUCCCACAGUUACUAUUCUCUUUAAAAAUGACUAAGGAAUAGGUUUACAUUUACCUCGGUAUAAGUUUUUGUUAAGAUAUUUGUAUACAGUUAAAUACUAUUCCUAUAUUUUUUUUUUAUAAAGGUCAGCGCAAGUCAUAUGACACUAUGCGUUUUCAGGAAUUCUGCAAAUAAUUGUAGGUACACAUAAUAUAUAAUUCUAUCCACCAUUGGUUUACUUCUUCCUUGUAUUGUUUGUUAUUUUUCGUUUUUGUUGUGGUGAUAAAUAAAGAAUAACAAAAAAGAAAAAAAAACCGAUGAAAUACAGAGCGAUAUAUGGUUUAUAAUUAUUAUAUUAUUUUUCUUUACAUACCUACUAAGUUUGUAAAGAAUGUGUUGUAUAGUGCAUUGCUUGAUGUGCGUUGAUUUUUAUGAUUUAUGCAGCCAUGCAAUGUAAUUGCAUGCCAACUGCAAAAUAAACAAAAAUUUUAUCAAAACUGCAUUUUUUGCAGUCGACCUACAAGUUAUUGUCUGUACCUGCAAGUACAGACGAUUAGUCAAGUUGUAUCAAAUUGAUCUUAUAUUUUAAACAUAAUAAAAUCUUUUAUUAUACAAACGUAAUGUAUAUGACUGUCAAUCAUAGAUUAAAUUGUUUUUUUUUUAAUUAAAAAUCGCAGCCAAAGACCUUGCCGACUAGUCUCGAAGAGUUAUUUAUAAUUUUGCAUUUAAUUGAUGUAAAAAUACGUUUCUGUGUCGAACAGUAGGUGUUACCAUCGCUAUAUCAAAAAAGGACUGACUGAAUAAUUUCCUUUUGUUGUUGGUGUCAUGCGAAAUGAGCGCUGAAGGUUUCAGUGUUUAGCAAGAGAUUUAUGUAGUAAUAAAAAAACUUGCUCGCAUUGAGCGGUUUAUGUGUAAAUCUUAUUAGAUUAGUUAUUAGGCGUCAAAUACUAUAUAGAUGCGUGCGAGUGGUACACUAAUACAUUUCCACGCCUUUUCAUGUAAAAAUUAUAUACUGCGCCAUUUGUCUGUCGGUGUUCCUUUUACAUGACACCAACAAUACAUUAGAUGUAUUGCUAGAUAGUAGAUUGUGUAUGUAUAUUGUAGAUUUAUAUUUUUUUGUAUAUUAAUACUACACGUGGUUUUAACAAAUUUUUGCAAGUACAAGCAAAACUAUUUUUAAGAAUUACUAAUUAAUGUAACACACACUUUCUUGGUCUCAAUUUCGAAUAAAUUUAUCGGUCAUAAAACUCGCCAGUUAAGGUACAUCGAGUUCUAGAUAGAUAUAGUCUCAGUUUCAAUCAUCAAAUCAGAUUAUGUUAUAUUUGAUAGUAUAAGAAUUAUUUGGAUAGAAUAUACAUAUUUGGAUAGAAUUUUGAUUGAUAUCAAUUGCGCGAAUGUCACAGUUAUAAAAUAAAGUUAUGAUUAUUUUAUAAACAGUGAUAAGUGAUGAUGUCUUUUAUUAAAAUUAUAUUUCAUGAUAUAGUCUCGUCUUUGUCAAUAAUUUUUUAUCAAAUCAGAUUGUUAUAUAUAAUCAUAUAAGAAUUAUUUGGAUAGAAUAUACAUAUUUAGAUAUAAUUUUGAUUAAUAUAAACUGUGCUAAUAAAAUUAUAGUCACAGUUAUACAAUAACAUUAUAAUUCAUUAUGUUUUUUUAUUAACAGAAUUAUAUUUCAUGAUAUAGUCCGUCUUUGUUAAUCAUAUUUCAUCAAAUCAGAUUAUGUUAUAUUUGAUGGUAUAAGAAUUACUUGGAUAGAAUAUACAUAUUUGGAUAGAAUUUUGAUUGAUAUAAAUUGUAACGAAUGGCUCAGUUAUAAAAUUAAAUCAUUAUGUCUUUUAUUAACGAAAAAUAAAGAAAUGCACGAAUCGGGAUUAUCUCUAUCUAAAUAUCAAUGUAAUGUUAACUGUCGUUUAGUGUGAACGUUUUUACUAUGGCAUCAUCUUUUUAAAUAUCAACAUAACUUCAGUACCGCUAUUCUGUAUAUUUUUACGAUUUGAUAAUAUAAUUCAGCAAACAGACAAAUUCGUCUCUAUUUCUCACUCUUUCUAACACGACUAGAUAAAAAAAAAGAAUUUUCAAAAUCGGUCCAUAAUUGACGGAAUUAUCGCUGGACAUACAUAAAAAAAAAAAAAAACAUACAUACAGCCGAACGUAGAACCUCCUCCUUUUUGGAAGUCGGUUAAAAAGAGAGUGACGAAUUCGGAAUUCACUCUAUUAAAUGCUAAAAUUUAUGGGUUUGAAAGUAGGUUUUUAGUUUUGAAAUAAGAGAUGAAGAAGCUUUAUUACAACUGAUAUUAAUUAUUAUUAAUUUUCACAUGAACCUAACUUUGAAUGAGCCCUCCAAGAGCCAUUAAUUUUGAAUAUGAUUUGGAGGAGACUGAUAAACGUUGUACAGUGCGACUUAUAAGAGCAGAAACAUUGACCUCUUAUAAUAAAAGGACGCACAAUAAUGUAGAAAAUUUCACUUAAAAACUGGCCAAUUUUGCUUUGACAGUUUUAGAAUUAUUGGUAAAGAAAAAAGGUCUUUAGAUAUAGUCCAAUAUUCAAUAAAAUCAAAAAUUCAGAGCAAAUUCUAACUUAAAGAUUGAGUUUAAGGUUGAAUUUGCAAAUGCGACUACUUGAAUUGAGUGCCAAGAAGUUGUGUUUGGCACUCAUUGAGUGGGGACAUAUAUUUGGUCGCUGAUUGUGCAUCCACUUUUUAAUAGGAGAUCGAUGAGUGGAAGUUAAUAAAAAUUGAACUAAUACACUCGCCGUAUGGCAACACCACAUUUACUCUCAUUAUCGCAAAAAACUGUCAUUAAUUAUUAUUUAUAGUUUUAUCAGAUUUUAAAAAAAAAUUUAAAGCAAUAAUUUAGUUAAUCCUUUAAUAUUUUAAGCAAUGUGCUUGCAUCUCUUUUCUUGUUCAUUCCGUCUCUUUCAAUCACAAAGAUUUUUUAAAAUUUUUGAUGAAUACUAUUUAUUGGUUAGUAUGAAAAAAUAAGUGAAUUCGGCCUAACCUUAGAGAGCAUAGAAUGAGCUUCAAGUAAACUAGAUUUUUGAAAACCUUUAUAAAAUAUGUAUUAAAUAUAAUAAUUAACUGAACCAUGUUUUGUCAACCAUUACAGUCCAAUAGUCUAAUCGAUCGGCUAUGUGCGAUCAAAUAGUCCUUUUUUAAAUAUAUAUAAAAUAUAAGAGUAAAAAUCUAUAUCAGAGGCAGUUGUACUAGUUUACUGCAAAGCAGUGACUAUAUAUAUUUUUUAUUUGUACGGUCUCACCUGAUGUUAAUUAACGAUGAAGUAUGGAAUAGUAACGUACUUAAAUAAAUUAAUAAUUAAAAAAUCUUUAUUGCUGUCUUGGUUUUUACAUUAAAUUAAGGGCAUAAUCAAAAAUUGUAUGUCUAUCACAGAAUGUACAGAAAUGGUCGCUUUGUCAUUAAAUAGUACAGAUCUCCUAUUUACGCUAGAAACGUUUUUAAAGGUUGUGCCAAACACAACAUAGUAGUAUUUGAGGCGUCGACUACAAUGACGUAAUGCUUUGUUAUGGGUGGCACGAUUUUAAAAUAAGGCUUUUUUUCCAUUUUCUUUUUUACUAUGUAAAGAACGCACAAAUGUCGAAUUAAAAUCACUAUACAACUGCCUCUGGUAUAGCUACCUUUAUUGAUAAUAAUUAAUUAAUUAUUUUAAGAUAUUUUAUCAGACUAAUUUUAUUUUUUAAGAUCACAUUAAUUAUUAAUAUUGAACACAAGAAAAUAAUAUAACAUAAUAAAUAAUAAAUUAAUUAACAAAUUGUUUUCACAAGAAAUAUAAGGUUUUUUUUUUCAUAUGACAAUGAAAGAAACAGAGAAUUGAAAAUUAAAAUUAAAAAAUUGAUUAAAAUUAAAAAAUUAAAAAAUUGAUUAGUGUAAAUAUGUAAUUUGUAGCGAUGACGUCUAUUUAUAUUUGUAGGAAUAAUAACUGUAUUAUUGUUUUUGGUAAAUGUAUUAAUUUUAAUUAAAAUACAUAUCGAAAAUAUGAGUUCUGAAUUGAAAGUGUAUUUUUUGAAACUGGCUUUUCGGCUCCGAGUUCUAGUCCUUUUGCGCCUUAAAAGCCUACAAUUGUAAGUUGGCCGACUAAAUCUAAAUUGAAAAGUUGUCCAACUGAAUUGUAAAAGUACGCAAUUAGCCGGUCAUCUUACAAUGAGCCUUUUGCCUCUAAAAGUAUUAAAAAAUCUGUUUGGUGCAGCACCGGGGGAAGGAACAAAUGUAUUUAUUUAUCUAUUGUAAUCUCCAUCGAUUCCUAUUCUAAAAUAAUAUACGUUUGACGUUGUUGUCAAUAGAUACUAAUUCAAAACAAAUCGACCCUUAACCGCUGGAUUACCGUAACUGACAUAAACCAAAUUGUACAGAAAGGAAUAAGGCUCAUUGUAUGUCUGCGGGCACUCAAAAGUAAACUAGAAACACACCAAUAAUUGCGAUAUGUAUUUCAAUUAAAUAUUUCAGUCUUUAAGGACUGGGAAAGUUUUAAAAAUUAAAAAAACUUGUGAAUUGAAAAGAGACUGAGUUUUUGUCCUUGCCCAUAGAUUUAUUUUCUUAAAUCGCGCUAAUAGCUUCAAUAGUUCAAGGGUUGUAACUUGUACUCUUAUUCGAAAAGUUCUAGAAUCAAUCGCCUCCCGUUUUACUAUUAUCAUUGUAACUUCUAUUACGUGAAGGAUAUGUUAGUUUUAUUAAAAAAAUAUAAAAUACAUGGCUAAUUGGACAUUGGUUUCAUCAAAAAGACAACAAAAAGUUAAUGUAUUUUAAGGUGUCACAUUUUAAAACUAUGUGUAGAAUGUAUUGCCAUGUAUUGAAAUUAUUAAACUUCAAAUCAUGAACUUUCAACUUUUAUUAUAACAGUUGUAAGAUGUUUAUUUAUGUAGAUAUAACUAUUAAAAGUUUUUAAAUCUUCCCCACUCCUGACACGGCCUAAGUCAAUUUUUUCAUGUUUUAUUUCCUUUUUUUACAUUGUAGAUAAAUGUUUAUGAUGUAAGUAGGUAAGUACUUAAUAAAGUAAUAAUAUUUGUUGCUAUUAUGUGUACAGCGUGUAAAUAGUACAUUAUACAUAUAUAUUGUGAAUAAAGCGAUACAUAUCAAUUUGUAA